AAUCGCACCGCUGCCAUGGACCCUCACCUCCUCCCCCUCCACGCCAUCCCCGACACCGAUCGAGAGAGAGAGAUCGCACCGAUCGACGUACGGUACGAGACGACCAUGGCGCGUCCUCGCUUCGCCACCACGGCGCCAUUGUUGGCGCUCGCCGUCCUCGCCGCCGUGGUGUCCGUCGCCGUCGCCACCGCUCCCGCCGGCAAGGACCCCGGCGGCUUCGUCGUCACCGGGCGCGUCUACUGCGACCCCUGCCGCGCCGGCUUCGAGACCAACGUCUCCAAAAGCAUCCCAGGGGCGACGGUGUCGGUGGAGUGCAGGCACUACGGGGCGGGGAGGGAGAGCCUGAAGGCGGAGGCGACGACGGACGAGAAGGGGUGGUACAAGGUGGAGAUCGACCAGGACCACCAGGAGGAGAUCUGCGAGGUGGUGCUGGACAAGAGCAGCGACCCGGCGUGCUCCGAGACGGAGAAGACCCGCGACCGGUCCCGCGUCCCGCUCACCAGCAACAACGGCCUCAAGCAGAACGGCAUCCGCUACGCCAACCCCAUCGCCUUCUUCCGCAAGGAGCCCCUCGCCGACUGCGGCUCCAUCCUCCAGAAGUACGACCUCAAGGACGCCCCCGAGACCCCAUGAUCAUCAUCAUAUAUAUGUUUCUCCUUAGCAGUGCAUCAAACGUUCCUUCAAAUUUGAGCCUCUCCGAAGCUCAAGAUGGAGCCGCCGCCGCCCGUGUAGAAGUAAAUUAAUCUACGAUUGCAGCAUGCAAUAACGGAGUUUACAUUGCCGAUCGAUCUGUUUUGUACGUACCUAAGUAAUUUGGAGACGCUGAUGUGAUUCUUUGUUCAUUCAUCAAGAGUCUUUGUGUGUGAUUGUACCCUCCUCCUCUUGUUGCUCUGUAAUUACCUACUCCACUAUUACUAAGUACUUGUUGAUCUGCGGGGGGCGCCUAUAUACAUUGCUGUAACUGUGUGACACACAUUAAUUACUCCAUCCAUUUCAUACUA